UCAAUUCAAUCCUUCUCCCUCUAAAUUCUAGCCAUUGUUUUGCAGAACGAAUUCUCCCCAAAAUCUUGUUUUCUCUGAAAAAAAAGGUCGUCCGUCAACCAUUAUUCGCUUUUGCCUUUAGCCUAAUUCAUAUUUUCUCGUCAUCAAUACUGGAGAAGGAAAUUAUAGAAGUUGCAACAAUUAUUUUGGAUGAAAAUCUAGCUGUGUUUGUCUUCCUUUAGCUCCAUAUAAGGUAUGUUCUCGUUUCUGUACAUGCAUGAAAAUAUAUCUACGUUUACAUAUUCAUGGUUCAUGAGGUUGAAGGUCAUGAAUUUUUGCCGUUUCAAAGCUGGUGAGGAAUCAACUAUCAUCAUUCAUAGCCAACUUCAACAAUUUCAAAUCACUAUUUCACUCCAUUUUUCAUUCACUGUAGAAGAAAAUGAAAUUGCACUGGACGCAAAAAAAAAAUGUUAAUAGAGGGUGAAAAUUAUAUAGAUGUGUACAUACACAUUUACAUACAUACAUGUUUAGGUGUGUGAGGAGAGGGGAUUACUUUUCUUCGUAUAGAAUAUAUUUUAUUUAAUUAGUAUAUAAUAAUAAAAUAGUAUCUACCUUUACUAUAAGAGAGGAGAUUCUCCAAGUUAUUGUUUAUGUUUGGCACAAUUUCACACGUAACCAGUUUCUUCCUUUAGUAUGUAGACUAGAGAUAUUUUUUUCUUAUUCUUAUCUAAUAUGAAAAUUAUUUAAGUUGAAAACGCCUAACUUUGUAUGAACUUUAAAAAUUCUUUAAAAUAUAUGUGUUUGGGACAUGUAGAUUUAUAUUAACUUUAAAGAUGAAUAAAAUUUGAAUUGAAGGCGCCGUGUAGUAGUUAGUGCCAUGCCUUGAUUUUUUAUAAAUUGAUAGAUGACCGUGGUAGAUAGAAGUCUUGUCUAAAUUAAAUAGUUAUAAUGGAAGUGUAUUUAUAGGGAAAUUUAUUCUGUAGGUUGCUUUGAAUUAGAAUUUCGAAUGUUCCAAGAGAGAAGCUAGAGUACCAUACUUUUUCAUUGAAAAAGAUAUUUUGUUAGAGCUUAUUAAGGCAGAAAUUCAUAGAUGGAAAUCUUUUAUUACUUGUUGCCCGAAUUCUUUUGUGCAUUUCCAGUCGUCCACUUAUGAAUUUAUUAAGUUUAUGAUUGUUGAUAAAUUACUUACAUUAUAACUUUAGAAAUAGAUUGCAUAUGUAGGUUGAUUGGGUGGAAGCAAAACCACUAAAUUUAUAGAUUAAAAAUAUUUUCUUUUUAGAAGUCUUUAUUUUCUUACUCUUUGGUAGUAGUAUAGCAAAAACUUUUACAACAUUACAAUAGUAUUUAUGUUUUUAAAAAAAAAAACUAUUAAUUUUACAAGAAUCAUAUAAAAAUGUUAAUCUUUUAUUCCUACUUUUACAUCAUAUAAGUCUUAUUAAAAUUUUAUUUCAUCAAUAGUUCAGUCAACAAUGUUUAUAUUUAUUGCUAUUGCUUUGAAGUAAACAAUUUUUUUUAUUAAACUUCAGCUUUAUGCAUGUUUUUAAUGUUGUGAGAGUCUGGUUCACUUGUGUCUAUCGAAUAUUUUUCCUAUUGUGGAAACUUAGUAGUAUUAUUAAUUUUUUAAUUAUUUCAUUCACUAAAAUGAAAAUUCUUUGCUUUCGUUAAACUAGAGGUGAAGAUCUUUUCCCUAUAGAUUCUUCGAACAUUGAUAGUACUUCUAAAAAUGCAACUGAAUCGUAUACUGCUUUUAUUCGCCAACAACAAAACCAAAGACAGGCGAAUAGGAGGAAUCGAAUUCAAAGUCCACAUGUUGAUCGUCGUAAAAAAAUAAAUAAUUCCACGUUGCAUCCUAAUUUUCAGGCUUCUACUUCAAAACAAGCACGUACUAAUAUUGUUCAUUCUAAAGUACGAUGGAUUUCUAACCUAUUAAACAUACCUACUAAUGCAUAUGUAUUACCGACAUGGAACUAUUGUGAACAUUGUGGUGCGCGAAAAUUUUAUAGAGAAACUAAAGGGUUCUGUUGCUCUGAUGGCAAAGUUAAACUUUAUAUGCAUGAUUCACCAACUGAAUUGUAUAAUUUAUUUACUUCUAAAGAACCUGAAUGCAUGGAGUUUAAGAAAAUUUCACGUGAAUAUAAUAACCAUUUUGCAUUCACUUCAUUUGGUGUAAAGUGCGAUACAGACCUUUUUAGAGCAUAUAAAGGUAUUUACACAUUUAGAAUUCAGGGACAAGUAUAUCAUUAUGUAAAUCAACUUCUACCGGAAAAUAAUCAGCCUUCUUAUAUGCAAUUAUAUUUUUAUGAUACGAAUAACGAAGUUCAAAAUCGUAUGAAAAUUUCAGAAAAUUUUGUUGAAUCUACUUUGAUCAUUUUGAUUGAAAUCUUAAAAGUAAAUCCGUAUAGUAGAUUCUUUAGGUCUUUAAGUAAUAUGACCAAUUUGCACGACCAUCGAAUACAAAUAAGAUGCGAUCCUGGACUUAAUCAAAGAGUCUUCAAUACUCCUUCAACAUCUCAAGUAGCCGCUGUAUGGGUUGAGGAUGAUGACAAUGCAAAUAUUCGUGUUCGUGAUAUUACUAUAUAUGGUCAUUCUGGUGAUUCACAUAAGGUUCACUAUUAUUAUGGUUGUUAUGAUCCUUUGCAAUACCCUUUACUUUUCCCAUUUGGAGAACCUGGUUGGCAUGAAGGUAUUCAGAGAUACAAAAAAACAUAUUUUGAAACUCAGAAUUUACCCGAUUGCGUAGCUUUUCCUAGCACAGUAAAUUUUGCAACUGAAAUCAUUGCAAAAGAGGCUCAAGUAUUCAAUGGAAUGAGGAAACGAUCACAGGUUUCUUGCCGCGAGUACUAUUCUUACAAGUUACAAAUUAGGCCUUCUAGCAGAAAUGAAACAGAUAAGGAAAUUGAUGAAAUUUUUGCUUAUCAAUCAGCUAGAUGGAUAUCUCCACCUGAAGCUAUGUGGAGAAUUUUUUCUUUUAAUUUGUCAAAAAUUUAUCCUACUGUUUACGCUUUACAAUUUCAUAUUAAAGAUCAUCAGCACGUAACUUAUAAUAGUAAAGAUGAUUUAUCUGUUAUUAUUGGAAAUGAGAAUACAAGAAGAACAAUGCUAACUGAAUUUUUUCGGAUGAAUGAAGUAAAUGAAUUUGCUCGAACGCUAUUGUAUCGAGAUUUUCCAACACAUUUUGUGUGGAAUGCAACUGGAAAAACUUGGACUCCCAGAAAACAACACAUUGUUAUAGGGCGAAUCGUGACAGUUAAUUCAUCCGAAGGAGAACGAUAUUUCCUUCGUGUUCUUCUGAAUCAUAUUAAAGGUCCAACAUCAUAUGACAGUUUUAAAACUUUAAAUGGAGUAACAGUCAAUACAUAUCGAGAAGCAGCACUUUUACAUGAGAAAUUCAAUAAAGAACAACGAUUUGCAUAUGAUAAAGUUAUGGAAAAAGUAAAAAAUGACUCAAGUGGUACUUUCUUCAUUGAUGGUCCAGGGGGAACGGGGAAGACUUUUUUAUACAAAGCACUUCUAACUGCUGUAAGAGGUCAACAUUUCAUUGCUUUGGCAACAGCGUCCUCUGGAGUCGCUGCGUCUCUGUUACCUGGAGACCUAUGGCCUUCCUAUUUACGUUUACCAUUGGUUGAGAAUAUGAGGGCAAAAUCAGAUCCUAUGUUCUGCACUUACUUACUCAGAAUUGGAAAUGGAACAAAAGAAGAACAUACUUGCAUAUGUUGA